UAAAAUACAAUGUGCGGAACUGGAAAACCACUUUUUAGGUAAAGAAAUUUUUUAAAAUCUAUCAUAUUAAAAAAAAACUAUUUAAACAUUAAAAAUUAAUUUUAAAAAGUGAAAUUGAAAAAAUAAAAUUUAAUUCAACUAAGAAAAUAAGAACAAGAAUAAAAAAAAAUUUUUACAACAAAAACUUUUUCGCUUAUGUAAAAAAUAUUGUUUUUUAAAAAAGCAAUGGUAAAUAAACAAUAUAAAAUACGUCAAACACCAAUUACAAAUUCUAAUUCUUAUAAUGGUGACUUUACUGCUAACAACAGUAAUAUUACUAAGGAUAGUAAACAUUUACCAACACAAGAAAUAAAUAAUAGUAGAACAAAACAUUAUUCACCACCGGUCAUUCGUAAUUCAUUGAAAAUUACAAAUUCACCAAAUCCAUAUGAUUCACCAACAGAAAUAACAAAUUCAUCAGCAUUGAAAGAUUUUAAACAUCAACGUCAACAUAAUAACAAUCAACAACAAUUAUUUCAACAUCAAAGGACAUCAUCUCAGAGUAAUAGAUCAUUGGAAACAUUUAAUCCUAAUUGUAAUAAUAAUGGUAUUAAUAAUAAUAUUGAAAAUACAUAUGAACAAUUAAUAAUCGAUGAUAAAUAUAAUGGUGGAAAUAGUAAUUUUGGACGAAAUAUUGCAUUGUCAUAUGAUACAGUGUCAUUAGCAUCUGAAACUUAUCAUAAAAUUGGUAGCCAACGUCAAUUUGAAAUUAAAGAUAUUGUUGUUAAUGAUAUUGGAAGAUUUCAAUAUUUUAUACAAAUGGAUAAGGAUGUGGACUCAAGUUUUUGUAGCCGUCCAACACAAAUAUCAUUACCAUCAUCGUCAUCAGCAGUAUCCGUAUCUUCAGUAGAUCGUAAUUCCGCAUCAGAUCGAAGUUUAUCAUUCAAAAGUUUUCAAAGAAAUAAAACACAUUUUUGGAAAACAGAUUCAACAAAAUAUAAUUUAACAAAGACCUCAACAGCAGCUGCAUUUCGAAAUCGUGCUAAUCAAAUACUAAAAUGGCAAAAAAAUUUAGAAUUUAAAGAACAUUUAAGAACAUGUUGGGAUUAUUCUCGGUGGCCGAUUUUUUUAUUAUUAUCAUGCCUCGUUUUAGGCUCUUUAGUUUAUGUUUUUUAUCUCGGAAAUUAUAGACGCUCAGAUUGUAUUGAAAAUUAUGUAAUAGCUUCUGAAUUCAAUGAUAUAGAUAAUAAUCAUUUAGAAUAUUCCGAGGAAAUUGGCCAAUCAAAGAAUAUUGAUGAUGAUGAUCUUCUAAAUAAAUUUAUAAUACCAAAUAAAUUCGAAACUGUGUCAGAUGAAAAAAAUACUGAAGAUUUUUUAAAUACAGAACCAAUUAUUAUAUAUAAUAGCUCAGAUGAAUUUGAGAAAAAAGAUUUUGUUAGAGAAACAACUAUUAAUACAAAACAUUUAAAACAAUUUAAUGAGCCAAUAACAAGUACAACAAUCCACCCUGCAAGAAAUACACAAAUUUUAAAAUUUUCUACAAAAGAAGGCUUUCUGGUUGAAGAUGAUGAUUUGUUAGCGCCUCCACAAAACUUGAACGAAAGUGAAUUGAAUAAAAACCAAGAAAAAACCAUUCUUAGCCCAAUUUCUCUAAAUAGCAAUGGACAUUCAUUGGGACAUCAGAAUGGUUAUGAUGUUCCAGUUCAAGAAGACGAAACUAUUUUAAGAUUAUAUAACGAACAUUUGAAUAAAUCAUCAAAUCAAAAGAGUCUAAGUACAGAAAAGCCACCUCAAACGACAACUUUAAAAGUCUCACCAACUAUACCAGUUAUUACACAUCACAGAGAUACAAGCCCUAAUAUAAAAUCAACAACAGAAUCAGAAUUGAAUUAUAAUGAUACUAGUGAUGUCAAUGUAUGUCAAUCAACAUCAUUGGAUAUGUGCCAAGGAAUUUUGCAAUAUGAUUUAACAAACAGCAAAUCAAAACAUAUUAUUGCUACAAUGGAUUUAGCACAUUUUAAAUACUUGAUUGCAUCAAAUUGCUCGAAUCGUGCUUCUCAAUUUAUUUGCUCGUAUUUAGAACCAGAAUGUAGACCACAUGGAUCCUUGGAACCAUGUAAAAGAAUUUGUAAAUCCAUUUUAGAACCAUGUUCAAGUAUAAUAGCAAGUUCAGAAAUUUUAACAACAAUAUUCGAUUGUGAUCGUUAUCCAGAUUCAAAUGAUCGUAAUGUUUGUGAAGAUCCAACGCGUCGCAAUAGUAAAUGUUAUGAAGACGAAUUUCAAUGUUUAGAUUCAACAUGCAUACCAAAACAAUGGAAAUGUGAUAAUAUCAAAGAUUGUUCAUUAAGUGAAGAUGAAGACAAUUGUAAAUUUUGUCAUCAUGAAGAAUUUCGUUGUCAUACAGAUAGUAAUUGUAUAUCUGGUGAUUUACAAUGUGAUGGAUACGAAGAUUGUUCUGAUGGUUCUGAUGAAUAUGAUUGCUUAGAUUAUGAUCCCUCUAAUGAUGAUGAUGAUGACAAUAAUGACAAUGACGAUGAAUAUGAAGUAAAAACAGAUAAUAAAAAUAGUAAUAAUUAUGAUGAUGAACUCAAUGGUGGUGAUUAUCCAAUGCCACGCAUCUACUCAUUUGCAGCAAUUCAAUCACCAGAUAAUCCAGACAGUUUACCAUUUUUUGCUAUACCAAUUGAUGAAGAUGGUAAAGGUAGUAAAAUGGUUGAAGAAACAUCUAGUAGUUUUUUCAAUGAAGACAACAAAAGCAUUGAUUUUGUAGAUGAAAAUGAUGAAAAAAAUAAAACAAAUUCAAAAAAUAAAACAAAAUCAACAGAAGAAAUAUCAAAAAGUUUAGCAAAUUUCCAAGACAGUACCGAAAUUAUGAUGACCAGUGACUCAGAAUAUGAUUUUAAAUAUUCAAAAUACCGAACAAAUAGAACACGUAAUACUGUGGCCAUGUCAAAACGAGUUUCAGAAAAUGCCACCGUAAAUAAUUCAAAAAGAUCUCCUGUAAGCUCUGCAUCAACAAUGACGUCAACAUCACAAAAAACACCAGCGUCAUCAACUACCACUGCAUCAUCGUCAAUAAGAUCAAGAACUACUGACACAACAACAACCACAACGGAAAAUUCUUAUAAAAUGCUGAAUUUUUCAACUGAAACAUCAAAACGGACUGAAGACAAUCCUGCAAAAAAAACUACAACGAAACCCGGUAAUAAAAUUAUGUUAAUGCCCGAGAUAUUAUCAGAACCAACUCAAUAUUGUCCUGAGGGACAAUUAAGAUGUGUCACUGGAGAAUGUAUAACAGUUGAUCAAUUGUGUGAUAAGAAAAUCGAUUGUCCUGAUGGCGCCGAUGAAGCUCGAUGUAUAUAUAAAGAUGCCAGUGACUAAAUUUACAACUAUAACAGAAACUUUGAGAACAAAAUUUUAUUUCACUUUUAUUUAUAAAAAAUCACUAAAAUUUUCAUAUUUUUAACACUUAAUCAGAAAACAAGAAGCAUUAGACUUAUUCAUCUCGAAAGAUCAACAACUUAAUAUAAUAUGUACAUAUUUUUCUGAAUUUAAUUGCUAAAUAUAAAAUUACCUUUUUUAUAAUAAUAAUUUUCAUUAAUUUUCGCACAAAGUUGCAGCAGCUUUUGAAGCGACAUAAAUCCGAAUAAAUGAUAUUAAUUGAUGUUAAAUGGCAUCAAUUUGAAUUUUUCAAUUCCAGUUAUCCAAUUAUUAUUAUAUUCUACUACUCUGUAUUGCUGCAAUGGAUUCCAGACAAAAAUGUUAUAUAUGUAGCAAGAUUAUAUGAAACAUUUUCUGCAUAAUACGUCCUCUUUAUGUAAAAAUAUUUUCGAACAUUAGCCCUCAAUAACUUAACUCUUGUUUGUUUUUCAAAAUUUCUUCUUCAAUUAGUUAUUUUCACAAUCAAGCAUAAUUUUAACAUAGAAAAUCACAAGUAUGUAAAAAAUAGAGUCGAUAUUUAAAUAAUUUGUAUUUAUUCACAUCACAUUUGUACUUCUUCAUUUUUCAAAUAUUUCAGAGCACAAUGCUCAAACUAUUUCAUAGAAGCGAAAAUUUUACUGUUAAAUAAUAUUUUUUUCUGUUUUCCCACAAUUUUGUUGCAGCUAAAUUCAUUGUCAAAUUAAGAAAGCAUUAUGCCUAUUUACACGACGGCUUUUAAACUGAUGGUUCACGUAAGUUUUAUUGUUUUGCAUUAAUGCAAACGUCGUCGUGUAAACACAAAUUUUUACUAGAGUUUGGGAAAUUGAAUAAAGAACUAGGUUUUCUUUAUAGAAAUUCAGUUUUCCAAAAAAUUAAUUUAAAAUUUUUUUUUAGUUUUAUUAUCGUAAUACAACGUCAUCGAGAUGAUGAUUAAACGACGUAAGCAAUACUUACUAUGUAUUUAAAUUUCUUUCUUUUCUUAUUUCAAUGUAUUUACUUCUUGUUCUUAUUAAAAUUCUGUAAUAUAUGUAUAUAUGUCUUUAUGAAUUUGUAAUUUUUAUAUUAUAUAAUUAUUUUCGAAUAUUUUAUUUACUGUAUAUAAUUAUUUUAUAUAAAUUCAUUUAUUCAUGCCAGUUUUUUUUUAUAAUAUUUUUUUAAAUAGGAUUUUUAGAUUUUACAUAAAACUUUCAAUUAAAAUGUAAUUUUGACAUUUAUUUUUAAAAGUAUGAAAAAAAAUGUUUGUUAAUUAGACAUUUAACAAAAAAAAGCAAUUUGAAUUUAAAUAUUUUUAUAUAUUUUUA